AUGCUGUUCUCGUUAAGCCGGUUUCUGGCUGUUGCCCUUGCCUGUGCGGGCUCAGUUAGCAGCAACCAUGGUCGUCACCACCGACACCACAGGGGAACAACUGUCGCUCUACAGACUCCGUGGGAGCCUCUAAAACUACUGUCCCGACAAAGCGGCCAAACUGGAGGCGCCAUGUCUACCUCUUCUUCGAACGGUGACUACACUUGUGGUCCCGGUAGACCGUGUGGGAACGGAGCAUGUUGCGGCACAGAUGGCUGGUGUGGCUUCGGGCCAACAUAUUGCGGCGAGGGCUGUCAGUCCAACUGUGAUGCCAAAGCGGAAUGCGGCGAAUAUGCCGCUGAGCCUGGCGCAGGCUGUCCUCUGAACGUUUGUUGCUCUGCGUUCGGCUUUUGCGGUACGACAUCGGAGUUUUGCGGUGAUGGGUGUCAAUCACACUGUAAACAGCCUAAACCUGAUGUCGAGGACAGCAAUCCCCGGAAGGUUGUCAUUGGGUACUAUGAAGGGUGGAAUAUGGGCAAGCCAUGCGGCACCAUGAGCCCGGAAGACAUUCCUAUCAGGAUGCUGACUCACGUUUUUUUCUCAUUUGGCUUCAUUUCCCCGGGAACGUUCCAGAUCGAGAACAUGGCGGAUUUCCAACCGAGUCUGUUUGGACGGGUGACGGAUCUGAAGAUGAAAAAUCCGGACCUGAAGGUUCUCAUUGCACUGGGAGGCUGGACUCAUAAUGACCCAGGCCCUUACCAAAAAGUCUUCUCAGACAUGGCCUCCACCGCGGCAAACCGCAAGAUCUUCAUCCGGAACAUCCUUGGAUUCAUGAUGGAGUACGGCUUCGACGGUGUCGAUAUUGACUGGGAGUACCCAGGAGCCGAGGACAGAGGCGGGAUCCCCCAAGACGGCGAGAAUUUCACUCUACUUCUCCAAGAGCUCAAGGCCACAUUUGACGGACGAUACAUUCUCACGUUCACGGCCCCAACGUCCUACUGGUACCUACGCCAUUUCGACAUCAAGAAGAGUGUGAGAGCGGCCGACUGGAUCAACCUCAUGUCGUACGAUCUCCAUGGGGUCUGGGACCGAAAAAACCCAAUUGGUAGUCAGGUGCUGAGCCAUUCCAAUAUUACAGAAAUUGACCUCGCCUUGGACCUGCUCUGGAGGAAUGAUAUCCCCCCGAGCAAGAUCGUCCUCGGCACUGGGUUUUAUGGACGGACUUUCGCGCUGGAAGAUCCGUCAUGCACGGAGCCGGGCUGCCAAUUCAGUGGGCCUGGCGCCAAAGGCCCUUGUACGGGGACCGCUGGGUUCCUCUCAUAUAAAGGCAAAGACAUACUGCGGUCAAACAAGGCCAAAGCGAAAUUCGACAAGAAGGCAGGGGUCAAGUAUUUAACAUAUGGACAACACAGCUGGAAUAACAUGAAGUCAGGAUCGUCAUCGUCGUCCUCAGCAUUGUCGAAACGGGACGAGGGCAAGGUAGCCGAGAUGGAUAUGUCUUCUGUUACCAGCUGGAUUUCAUAUGAUGAUGCCUCAACAAUCGAGACGAAAGUCGACUUUGCCAGCCAGAGAGGACUGAUGGGCGUUAUGACCUGGGCGGUUGACCUCGACGACGAGCAGGGCCAGCUCAUUCUGGGGCUUUCUGGCGGCGAGAUGGAGUCGACUGACGAUAUUGCCCUCGACGUGACAGAAUUCCCUGGGUCCGUCUCCCACACAAUGCAGGACCCCACGCGGUGCUAUAUCUCAGGGUGUGAGGAGUUCUGCAAAAGUGGCUACACCGCGGUAGGCCGCUCCAACACUGACCUCAACGGCCGCAACCGGUGCGACACAGGCAAAUCCCAGAAGGCCCGUUACAUCUGCUGUCCCUCGUUCUCCGGCCCGCAGCCUGACGAUUGUCGGUGGGAUGACAGUCGGUCCUCUGCCUACAAGGGAGACUGUUCCGGCAAGUGUGAUGUUGGGGAGAUUCUCAUCGUUAACGACAGCUUUGGCUGGAAAGGUAGCACCAAUGGUGGCGAAUACGGAGAUCGAUGCUCGCGUGGCGCCAAGAGCUUCUGCUGCAAAGCCGGCAAUAUGGAACAAUAUCUCAACAUCUGUACCUGGACCAAGUGUGGCGGCGACUGUCCGUCGGACCGGCCCUAUGAGCUCACCACCGAUAGCGGCGGCCCCAAGGAGAAUAGCCGCUGCACCGAUGCCACGAGUGCGCUCGUGGACCCUCGGAAUGCCGAAAAGCGCCGGUUGUGCUGUCCUAGCAAGGACUCGUUCCGGAACUGUGGGUGGAAGUCGGCCAAUGUCUGCUCCAGCACCUGCGGUCUCAACCAGAUCACCCUGGAUCUGGACCCUCUCGGUGAAACUUCCUCCAACAACCCGUGCCACAAUGGCCGACAAAAGGCCUUUUGCUGUGAUCCACCGGGUGGCCUCAACUCUCCGUUCCUGCCGGUGGACCUGGAGAAUCUCUUCCCUCCCGAGCACCGGCCUUCCCCAGAUGCGCUGCCCACAUUCGAGCUGGUGAGCUUUGGCGGAAGGUACACGGGCCCAACCAAGGACGAAAACCCCAACAACAGUGGCGUUGCCUUCUUCCUCGUCGCCGGCAGCUACACUGCUGUCACUUCCAUGAGCAAGCGUGACAACCCGGGGCUCGAGUUCGUCGACUGCCCGGCCGAUGUCCUCUCCCGGCCCAACGAGGAGCACCAGACAGCCCGGGUGGUCUGCUACUCAGACAACGUGCCUGACUGCUUCCGGGUGCAGGAGGGCGGUGUCGAGGGCACAGUUGUUCAGAUGCCUGAAGAGUGCGGGGGCCCAUCGUGGGCGCGCGCCGUCUCCCUCACCCUCUCGAAAAACCAAACAGUCCCCGGCCACCUGGCCAAGCGGGGGGCGACCACCUCCCCCGUGUUUGACUUCACCUUCGACUACAACACGGCCCUGGUCCGCCGGGAUGCCGGGGAGUUCAGUGUACGAAUGGAUUUCUCAAAUGUGCCCGGGUAUUGGAACGCCGUGGUGGACGCCCCGGGUUCUUCAAGCAGUAAACGUGACAUCAACCAGCUCGUAGAUCGAUUCUACGGUUCCUCGGAUGAGUGGUAUACCAAGUUCAAGUCGUUGAAGUUCCCUGCGGCCCAGGGCACCAAGUACACGGAGAAGCUUGACCAGUUGGUGUAUCAUAACCCCCAGAUCUGCGAGUACGAGGGUACAAAGGUCGGGGAAUCCUUGAGCGUUGCUAUGGAAGGCACUACUACCGUUGAGUCCCAUUUUGGGUUUUCAUUGAUUGCCACCUGGCAGCCUGGAAAGUCGUUUGACGUCCAUCAGGCGGCCGGCUUCUUCCACCCGGACGGGGAGACGGAUGUGACCUUCAAGAUUGGCGGUCAGGGCAUCCUGGACACCUCCCAGAGCUUGCAGGGAUCGACCAUCACGAAGAUUCUUGGCGAAGCCAGCCUGGCCGGGAAGAGCGUCUACAAAGGAUGGGCCUCCUUUGACUUGUACCGGGAAAGCAGCGUCUCCCUCCGGAGCGGUGGUGGCAAUUCAGGAGCAGUGGCAGUGGAUACAUACGCAGAAUCCCGCAUCCAGUCUGACUGGGGUCGUGUACUGGUCAAUUUUCCGGCUGGUGCGGUCGACAGCCCGUUAGAGGGUACUUCUGAGGGACGGCGUGCGGACGACAAGGUCAGCACCGCGGAGAAGGAUAAUAUCUCACGGCCGCUCGCAGAGAGCCCCAAGGGAUUCAUUGAGGUUGGGACAACCACCCGCGUUGGGAUCAAGAUGCAUUUGAAGUUUGCGUCCCCGUGGCUGUCCGAUGUUGACGGGAAACUGCCCGAUAUGUCCGUGUCCCAGUCGGUGUAUUCCCGCUGGCACUUCGAGCAUGACGGGGCGAAAUCCUGUCUGACCACUAGUCUGGGCACUACAAUGAAGAGUCAUCUGGAGCGCGGUUCUUACGUCGGAUGGAAGGACAAGGAGACGAAAACCUUCGUGCAGGAGCUGGCGCAGGCCGGAGAACGUCAAUGCUUCACAGGGGACGCGGCGACUAAGCGAGAUCGCAUCGAGCGGCGCCAGCUUGUGAACCCGAACUUCGAUCCAGAUCUAUUAGUCCCCGGAAUUAACCUAGGUGAUGGAGGAUGGAACAACAUGGCAGCCCGGAUCAUGUGCAAUGGGUGCGGAUUUUGCACCACCGAGGGGGUUGUCGAGGAGCCCUGUUGUGGAUGCGCCUGUAUCCCGUGUAGGUAUGGCACCCAGGCCAGUGUCCGGGAUGAUGACUAUUAUGUCUUCCCGAUUUCCGACCAGACCUCGUUAGCCCGGAGAGAUCUGCCGGUCGAUGCGAGCUGCGGACUCCAGGACGCGCAUUGCCUAGGAUCGGACAACAAAACCUGGCUGGACUCAGAUCACCGGGCCCAAGUACCCCUCAUAUCCCAAGCAGGGCCCGAAUGCCGUUCUGGGGCCCCAGGAUUUUAA